AAGUUGACAUUUUCAAUGUCCAAUCACCGCUCGCGUCCUGUUGCUGAGGCGGGAUUUGUCGGAAUACGGGUGGAGGGAAAUAAUGCUUGCUAGCAGCAGUUUUGUUGAGACUCUCUGUACUGUUUAUAUUUAUUAAAACAAGACCCAGAGGCCCGAGCAGGACUUCUAUCAGCUGUGUUGCGGCUCGGUUCAGGUUCGGCUGUUCAGUUGGAAUUCCAGCUGGACCUUCGGCGCAGGUGUGAGAAGCGGCUUGUGCGUGCGACAUGCUGGGUUUGAUAGAAGUGGACACGCGAUAGCCUUCGUAUGAGCUUUAAAAGAGAGACGAGACUGAAGACUGCGACAAGGAGGAAAAGGUGAAAGAUGUUCAGCACGACGCAGACGUCCAAGUCUCAGUUCCUGGAUAAAGCGCGUCUGGCGCGGGAGGAGAGGAAGGGGCAGAAGGAGAAAGAGCGAGCGGCUACGCAGAUCCAGGCUCUGGUGCGCAGGUUUAUCUGUCGCUGUAGACUGCAGAGAGAAAUCAGGAAAGAGGUGGAUGAGUUCUUCACAGGAAGCACGAAGAGGAACGCACUGUCCGUCUUUAAAAUCGCAAGAAAACUGUUAUUCAUAUUCAACAAAGAUGAUAAAGUGAGGUUUGAGAAACUCUGUCGAAUGAUUCUGGGCAGCAUGGACGCUGAAAACGAGCCGAAAGUGUGGUACGUCUCUCUGGCGCUUUCUAAAGACCUGACCAUCCCCUGGCUCAAACAGAUCAAAGACGUGCUCUGGCUCUGCUGCGAGUUCCUCAAAAAGCUCAAGCCGGACAUCCUGCAGGAUAAUAAAUUAGUGACUCUGUAUCUGACGAUGCUCAUCACCUUCACCGACACGUCCACGUGGAAAAUAGUGCGAGGGAAAGGUGAAACACUGAAGCCUGCAUUAAACAGAAUCUGUGAGAACAUCAUGGGUCACCUCAACCAGAAGGGCUUCUACUCCGUUCUGCAGAUUUUGUUGACCAAUGGAUUGGCGCGAUCCAGACCCUCUCUCUCCAAAGGCACACUCACGGCCAUCUUCACACUGUCACUCAGACCCGUCAUAGCAGCACAUUUCUCUGAGAACCUGCUGAGAUCUUUCCUCCUCCACAUCAUGUCCGUCCCUGCCGUCAUCUCCCACCUCAACACACUCACUCCAGAUUGCGUGGUUACUAUACAGACCCAUGAUCUCAUGAGGAAGUUUGUCCUGUUCCUGAGUCGAGAAGAGCAGUGUUUAGACAUCUGUGUGUGUCUGGAGGGAAGUCAUACACUCUGCUUACUGGGUAACCUGAUACAGCUGGGUUACCUGAACGUGAAGGUGUUGGAGCAGGAGGCCGCUCACUUCGUGAGAGAUCUGACAGACAUGUUGUCCUACUGCCAGAGAUACGUCUCUCAGAAAAAGUCCAACCUCACACACUGGCACCCGGUGCUGGGCUGGUUCUCCCAAACUGUCGACUACGGGCUGAACGAGUCGAUGCCGCUGGUGACGAAGCAGCUGCAGUGUCUCUGGGGCGUUCCUGUGAUCUGCACACUCUUCUGUGACGUCCUCAGCAAAAAACUGGAGGUGCAAGAGCCCACCCCUCCUCCUCCUCAACCAACCACGGCUCAGAACAACCUGCCCGUCAAAAAUCUGUUUAAGCGAGCUUUUCAGAAGUCAGCGUCAGUCCGGAACAUUCUGAAGCCGGUCGGGGGGAAGAGAGUGGACUCAGCCGAGGUGCAGAAAGUGUGCAGCGUGUGUGUGCUGUAUCAGACGGCCCUCACCACGCUCACACAGAUCCGCCUGCAGAUCCUCACAGGCCUGACGUACCUGGACGAGCUGCUGCCGAAACUGUGGGCGUUUAUCUGUGAGCUUGGACCUCAGGGAGGACUCAAACUCUUUCUCGAGUGUCUCAACAACGACACGGACGAGUCCAAACAGCUGCUCGCCAUGCUCAUGCUCUUCUGUGACUGCUCACGACACCUGAUAACGAUCCUGGAUGAUAUUGAGGUUUAUGAGGAGCAGAUUUCCUUUAAGAUGGAGGAGCUCAUCACUAUCUCUUCCUUCCUGAACACAUUUGUGUAUAAAAUGAUCUGGGAUGGCAUUCUGGAGAAUGCGAAAGGAGAGAAGUUGGAUCUGUUCCACAGUGUGCACGGCUGGCUGAUGGUGCUGUAUGAGCGAGACUGUCGCAGGAGAUUCACGCCUGAUGAACACUGGCUACGCAAGGACCUGAAGCCUAGUCUGCUGUUCCAGGAGCUGGACAAAGGCAAGAAGAGAACUCAGCUGCUGCUGCAGUACAUCCCUCACGUCAUUCCACACAAAAACAGGGUUCUACUGUUCCGGAACAUUGUGACGAAGGAAAAGGAGACACUGGGAUUGGUCGAGACAAGCUCCGCCUCCCCACAUGUGACACACAUAACUAUUCGACGCUCUCGCAUGCUCGAGGACGGUUAUGACCAGUUGCGUAGGUUGCCUGUGAACUCCAUUAAAGGAGUGAUCCGUGUGAAGUUUGUGAACGAUCUGGGGGUAGACGAGGCUGGGAUUGAUCAGGACGGAGUGUUUAAGGAGUUUCUGGAGGAGAUCAUUAAGAAGGUCUUCAACCCUGCGCUCAACCUGUUCAAGACGACCAGUGGGAAUGAGCGGCUGUACCCCUCCCCCACGUCCAGCCUCCAUGAGAACCACCUGCAGCUGUUUGAGUUUGUGGGUAAGAUGCUGGGUAAGGCGCUGUACGAGGGCAUCGUGGUGGACGUCCCCUUCGCCUCGUUCUUCCUGAGUCAUGUGCUUGGACAUCACCACAGCUCCUUCUACAGCUCCAUCGACGAGCUGCCCUCCCUCGACUCGGAGUUCUACAAGAACCUCACCUCCAUUAAGCGCUAUGAUGGUGAUGUCAGUGAUUUGGGUCUGACUUUAUCAUAUGAUGAGGAUGUGAUGGGGCAGUUAGUGUGUCACGAGUUGAUUCCGGGUGGAAAGACCAUUCCUGUUACUAAUGAAAACAAGAUUAGCUACAUCCACCUGAUGGCACAUUUCCGGAUGCACACCCAGAUAAAGGAACAGACCGGGGCGUUUAUCCGCGGUUUCCGCAGCAUCAUCAACCCUGAGUGGCUGCACAUGUUCUCCACCCCUGAGGUGCAGCGACUCAUCUCCGGAGACAACGCAGAGAUCGAUCUGGACGACCUCAAAAAGCACACUGUGUACUACGGCGGCUUCCACAGCAGCCACAGGGUGAUAAUCUGGCUGUGGGACAUCCUGUCCAGCGACUUCACUCCUGAAGAGAGAGCCAUGUUCCUCAAGUUUGUCACCAGCUGUUCCAGACCUCCUCUGUUGGGUUUCGCCUAUCUCAAACCCCCUUUCUCCAUCCGCUGUGUGGAAGUGUCCGACGACCAGGACACGGGGGACACUCUGGGCAGCGUGCUCCGUGGUUUCUUCACCAUACGUAAGAAAGAGCCAGGCGGCCGUCUGCCCACCUCGUCCACCUGCUUCAACCUGCUCAAACUGCCCAACUACAGCAAGAAGAGCAUCCUCCGAGACAAACUACGCUACGCCAUCAGCAUGAACACGGGCUUCGAGCUCUCUUAACACACACCUAAACAUGGCCAGACUCUCGUUCAGAAAUCAGCAGACAGAAAGUAUGAUGGAGCUUUCUGAGUUUCUGGGCAUGUUCAGAGAUGAGAAACAUUUACCUGCAGCAGCACAGGGGUUAGUCAGAACAUGUUCAUUACACACACACACACACACACACACACACAGAGAGAAAGGAAAGAUGAGACCCCUAUUCUCCUCAGCAUCUGAAACCAAAGGAUCUCUGCAGGCUUUCUUCACCUCAGCCUGGACAGUUGAUAAAACUCCCUCAGCAGAUCUUCUUCCUGCUUUCAUCUUCAGCUUGACCUCUUGUCUCUUUACAUGUAAACCCUCUCACUACUGUAUUUGGAAAACAUUUAGAACUCAUCACCACUGAUGGAUGUCGGUGUAGCACCAGGGUUUGGAUCGGGUUCUGGUGUGUCUGUCUUUCUCCUUACUCGCACUCCUGAACCUUUCCUUCUCAUGAGGAUUGGGACCGAACCCAUGGCAGUCGUCAGAGUGGAACACAGCCGAGGGUGUUUCUCAGGCUUACGCACAGAGAUGUGGACUCGUCUCUUUCUCCCUCUCGCUCUCUCUCUCUGCAAUGGAAAGCAAUAUGGAUCAACACAAAGCCAUGAAACACUACAUGAAGGAGGAACCUUCAGGAGAAGCAACAGAUCACGUGUUGGCUGAAGAGUUCCUGAGGCCUUUGUGUUGUUGCUGUUGGUUCAGAUUGUGGCACCAUGUGAGAGAUCGAGAAUAAAAUAAUUCCAUGUU